AUGAAGCUGCUGCAGCAGCAACUCAUCUCAUUCUCCAUGAGCGCUCGUUCGAUGAUCAACGGAUUGCUGAGGCGUUACCCAACGUUUGUCGAUGUAUCGCUGACCUUCAUCAUUGGGCUCUACAUUGUCCGGACCGCGGUUUUGGAGUCAAUCGCCUCGUUGGACAAGCAAAUCGAAAAACAGAGCCUGGUCACUUCACACUCGAUACCACCUAAAAUUACGGUGGUCCAAACGGCCCAAGGCUUCCGGUUGCCAGAGUUGGAGACAUGGGCCGUCCGGGAACGAUCACCUUUGCCGUUGGGCUUGAAGGCGGCGCUGAUUGCCGAGAAUCUGGCCCAAGAACGCGACACGCUCGUUUCUCUUGAAUGGAUCAGACAAGAGUGGAAGAAAUGGUUUGAGCAAAACGUGCAAAAGGCCAAGGACAAGGAAUUUUACUACCGGGAGAAGCCGCAGGAAGAGCGAGAUGACGAUGAAAGGAACGAAUUUUUCGACGGCGUCUUUGACAAGGAUUCUCAGAUUCUCAACGUGGAUCAGAUGUGCGAGUUGCUCUGUGAAGUGUCAAACAACACUGAUAUCUCUCACGAAAACACGGCAAAGGAAAGGCGAUGCGUGGCGCGAAUUUGGCUGUCAAGAAUGGCCGCUUCCGUCGGACAAUUGCCAUUCGAUGUUCAGUAUCAAGCUAGCGAGCUCCAAUUGACCUUGCUGAAAAACAUCAUCACGAAGAGCCCACAAAGAGGCCCGCUCGAUGUCUACAGAAGAUCGUGCACGCUGGAAAUCCACAAAGCUCUCAAAUACUUGGAUGGGCUGAGGAAACGGACCGUGGAAGUUCAGGAAAGAUGGCCGGAGGUGGUGUCGCUGAAGCGUAUUCUGGAGGCGAUCGAUACCUUUGAGGAUGAAUCACUGAGCGCGACGCAUAUGAAGCUUUCAAUCCGCCUGGAGGAGCUCUUAGGUGCAUGCGAGGAAUGGGUGAAAUUGGCUGAUCGCGCGAAUUCUAUUCGGGACCAGAUGAUGCCGCUGAAGGAGCUGCUGUUGGAGUGGAAGAAAAUGGAGGUCCGUUGCUGGUCGAUCCUGUUGAGUCGAACUAUCGACGAUUCCGAAACACGCACCUAUCUCGUCUCUUGGCCGCUUUUCGAGUCGCUAUUCUCCGCCGAUGGAACCAAAAAUCUGGUGCCUCAGGCGAUCGAAUGGUUGCAUCAUGGCUCUUUGAUGGACUUCGCGGUCAGAAUCCAGACAGUACGCGAUCUCGCACGUUGGGCCGAAAAGCUGGGCCACGCGAACCUUGCAAUUCAACUCUCCUCAGCAGCAGCCCAUUUUGCCCAAUUCCUACCGAUUGUCCGGUCCCGCCUGGCAGAAGCACACAAGCCGGCUGAACAGUCGUUGAAAGACUAUGUCCACAUUGCGAAGUACAACGAUUUGAAUCUGGACAACAUCAAGGCUUCGUCAAAGAAGGCGCAUGCCCAGAUCUUCAAAAUCAUCAAGAAAUUCCGGGAGACGACAAACGAGGGAGUCGCGCCUUUGUUGGAGAAGCUGAUAGAUGUCGAUGAUUUGAUGAGGCAAACGAUUCGAAUUCCCGAGGCAGUAUCGUCAGAAGAGCUUCGUGGACGGCUGCGGACGGCUGAAGAUCUCGUUCAAAAGGCGCUCGGCAAAAUAGAAGGGGAAUGCGCCGAAGAACCUUUUGUCGAGCUUGCCGAACAGAUCCAGGCCUGCGACGAAUUGGUGCGCAAACGUGUCGAUUACGUCGGCGAGGAUGCUGAAAAGGAGAAGCUACAGGGAUAUGAGCGAAAUCGAAGACAACGGGCGGUUGCUAUGGUGAUCAAACAAGCACAGACGAUUGGGUUGAAUGCACGUCGAGCAGUGAUCAUCGACAAAGAGGCUCUGUCGAAAAAAUCGGUCACUGGUCUGAAGCACGAUGUGAAGACGUUGCCCUGCGAAUCGCUCGUGCGAGCUGCUGCCGCUGGCCGAAGCAACAUCACGAGGCGGGCGCUCACCCCUAACGAUCAGCUGGGCGUCAGUACCUGCGGCCAUUUCACUGGCAUGGUCGAGUACGGGCUGCAUUGGCAAAUCGAGGCCGAAACGCGGGAGGAAACGUGGGCCCAGCAGCUGUUGGCCCUGCGGAAUUUGAAGGGGCUUCUGCAAGUGGCCGCUAAGAAUACAAAGGAUGGGUAUUUUCCCAGCUACACGCUUCUGAACGAACGAUUGCCGAUUCUUCAAGACUGCGCCGACCGUGUCUAUUUUGCACUGGAGCGUUGCUUGAGAAGACUUUUCGAUGUACCGAAUGGACCAUCAUCGGACGACUAUCCGCAUCUCCAUCCGCUCUCCAGACUGUACCGCGGGCAGCCAGAGCUGGAAAAGCUCGAGCAAGCCACGCGUCAUGCUCUACAAAUAGCGACUGAUGUCAAGAUGGCCUUCAUUGAUUUGAAACGAGCUGGCAAGGGCAUCGAUGACGACUGCAAACUUUACGAAAGGUCAGCAAUCGAGGUGGCCUUCACACGAGUCGACCAAUCCAUUGACACCCUUCACGAGGCACUCAACGAGAUUCAGCCUUAUUUCGAGGCCGAGGUCCUGCAGAUGACAGCCUCCCUCUCAGCCCUCAAAAAUUCUGUCGAGAUACCGCAAAUAUCCUGGCAAGAUGUCGAAUAUUCGCAAGAACCAUUGUUGCUCUACAUCCAGUGCGUUUACAAAAAGUGCCAAGAGGAGGAGAGAUUCACGGAAAGUCAGAAGCCCCUCGAAAAAUAUGACGUCCUCUGGAAGGUCGUUGACGAUUGUGGUGUGGCGAAGGUUAUCUCCCAUCUAUCGUCGAUGGCUCGCGGUCUUUCAAUUGGCCAGGUUCCCUCUGAUUUGGAGGAGACGGCCCGGCUGGCGGCGAUUUGCUUCGACUUGUUCUUCUCCCUCGUCUCGCGUUCAUUGCGUCAACUUCAUACUUUCUCGGGCUGUUACCACAGGCUACUUUCACUCGCCGAGCAAUUGUUCAAGGAGGGAUACGUCAACCUGAUUCCAAAACCUGAGAAGACUGAAGGCGGCGAUGGUCAGGAUAUUGAAGGAGGCGAAGGCGGUGGUAUGGGCGAAGGAAAGGGAUCUGAUAACGCUAAGGACGUGACCGACGAAAUGGAGGAGACAGGGCAAAUCGAGGGACUGCAGGGGGAUGAACCAGAAGACAACCCCGAGGGCCCCUCAACAAAGAAUGACACGCCAAUUGAGAUGGAAGAGGACUUCCCUGAAGAUAUUCGGGAUAUCGAUCGCGAGGAAAAGGACACGAACGAGGAGGGCAAUGAUGAAGAGGACGAUGAAAAGGAGCCGCAGAUUGACGACGAGAUGGGCCAAGUCGAUGAAGCCGAGGAAGACCAGCUCGACCCGAAACUUUGGGAUGACGACGAAAAGGAGAAUCGGGAGAAGGAGCUCGAUCAAAAUAACCAAGCUGCUGAUCGAGAUACGGACCAAUUGGCGGCGAAUGAUGAUCAGCGAGAUCCUGAAAUCGAGCCAGAGGAGGGCAAGGAGGAAGAUGAUUCUCAAAAGGACGACGGUCUGGAGAAUGUCGAUGAGAGAGAUGCUGACCAGCAGAAUGACGAAAGCGAUACCCCGGAAGACGCUCAGACCCAGCACAACGAGGCAGAAGAUGACGAUGCCGAUAAUGAAGAAGGGCAAGAGCUACCUGAUGGAAAGGUUGAUGAGAAUGAUGAUGUCGAUGAGGACGCCGAGGAGGACGAGACUCACGAUACGGAUUCCCCAAGCGAUGCCGCGGAGCAAGAAGAAAAUGGGGAACCGGAGGAGGACAUGGAUGAAGCGACUGGACAGGAUGAGAACCAAGGACCCGACGCACCUGAGCCGGAGAAGAAGCCAGCCGACGCACAAGGGCAUGGUGGCGAGAAAGCUGAGGAUCUGGAGCAAACGGACGCUGGCGGACGUAACAGUGAACAAGAGGAACAGAAUAUGGAACAGGACGAGGGAGAGGGCCACACCAAGCGAGACAGAGUGGGCGACGUCGGCACAGACGCAAAUGAUGAGCAAGAAGAUGCGGGCCAUGAGGAUGAGGAGAAAGAGGGAGAAGAGGAGUCGGCACAACAAGCCGACCAAAUCCUGCGCGAGCUGGCCACCGAUGACGAGGUGGUGAUGAUGGAAACGGAGGAGAUGGCCGGGGAGCAGGAUGAGAAGGGAGAGCUCGCCGAAAAGUCUGAGCAGGAUUGUAACAAGCAGAUGCUUGGACAUGGAACGACAGAGGAGGCCCGACAAAGCAAGAAGGAGGCUGCUGACCUGCCGAAAGCAAAGCGGAAGCACCCACUGUUGGGCAUCGAUCACCCGGACACCGAGGAUAUUGGCGACGAGGGUGGACUUCUGACCGAACUACCAGCCACCGUGCAUCUAGCGCCCGACGAUCUUUAUGCGCUGGCGGAAGAUAUCACCAAGCAGAUGGUUCUUGGUGGCGCUGCUGAGGGUUCAACUGACAAUGACGAACGUCAACCAUCUGAUGAUCGGUCCCAAUCGGACGUUAGUGCGCUGUGGACGGAUAUUUCUCGCUCGGUGGAGGUGCUGUCCGCCGAAUUGGCAGAAAACCUGCGGCUUAUCCUCGAGCCGCAACGCGCCACAAAACUUCAGGGUGAUUACCGUUCCGGGAAGCGGCUGAACAUGCGCCGUCUAAUUCCGUAUAUUGCAUCGGACUAUCGAAAGGAUCGCAUCUGGAUGAGAAGGACCAAGCGAUCUCAGCGCGAAUACCAAGUGCUGAUUGCCGUCGAUGAUUCGGGCUCGAUGGACGAAUUCGGGAUGGGACGCGUCACCUGUGAAAGUGUGUGUGUCGUCGAUGAAGCGCUCAGAAAAGUGGAUGCCGGCCAUGUUCAGGUGGUUUCUUUUGGUGAAACGGUCCGUGAGCUGCGUAACUGGACGGACUCUCAACAACCAGGUUACGCGUUGCUCUCUGCCCUCCAUUUUGAUCAGAAGAAGACCGAUCUAACUGAAAUGCUUCGGUGGACGGCGAACAGCCUUGACGUGGCCCGCACAUCUAACAGUGAGCAGCUGUUGAUCAUCAUUUCCGAUGGACGCGGCGCUCUUCAUCAGGGAGCCGAAAAGGUGAAAGAGGCGCUCCGCCGUUUCGCCGGUGUCACGGUGCUGUUUGUCGUUUUGGAUACGGCGAAGAAGAGCAUCGAAGAGAUGACCGUCGCUUCUUUUGCCAACAAUAAGGUUCAAUUGACGCCAUAUCUAUCGCUGUUCCCGUUCCCGUUCUACGCAGUCAUCAAAUCCGUCGCACAACUUCCGUCGGUGCUCUCGGAGUCAAUUCGUCAAUGGUUCGAGAUGUGCGUCCAGCACAAUCAA